CACACUAGAUUGAGGGAUGGAUAAAGGAUCCCAUAUGCUAGGCUUGCUAGCCCACAUUGCGGGUAAACAAAGUGUAGCAGGUUUUGUGAAGAAGUAGAGGUAGCAGCUAGCGGGGAGAUAUGGGCUUCUCAAUUUCCUCCAAUCCAGAAUCCUUCCAUCUCACGGCUAGAAGUUUUCAUCCUAACAUUUGUACAACAAGCUCCUCAAAUCGUCGCUCAAUCAUCACCUUUUCAUAUCGCCACCCAGGCGCUGACGACGGCGCCACCACCGCAGCAGAGUCCCUCAGACGACUUCUGCGUGCUCCGGGAGCUCACCUCGGCCCAGCUUGUUUCGACGCAUUGAGCGCCAAGCUUGUCCAGCGUGCUGGUUUCGAUUUCUGCUUCACUACUGGGUUUGGAAUAUCAGCUUCUCGGUUAGGAUUACCAGACACUGGGCUUAUCUCUUAUGGAGAGAUGGUGGAUCAAGGACAACAAAUAACUGGGGCCGUGUCCAUCCCCAUCAUUGGUGAUGCAGACAAUGGUUACGGUAAUCCUAUGAAUGUUAAAAGGACUGUUAGAGGGUAUAUUCGAGCUGGCUUUGCUGGGUUAAUUCUUGAAGAUCAGGUUUCUCCAAAAGCGUGUGGUCAUACACAAGGGCGCGAAGUUAUAUCUCGAGAGGAGGCAAUAAUGAGAAUAAAAGCAGCUGUCGAUGCUCGUAAGGAGAGUGGUUCUGACAUUGUCAUAGUCGCACGGACUGAUUCUCGUCAAGCUGUGUCUUUACAGGAGUCUCUUUGGAGGGCACGCGCUCUUGGUAAUGCUGGAGCUGAUGUGUUGUUUAUUGAUGCUCUUGCUUCAAGAGAAGAGAUGGAGGCCUUCUGUGAAGUGUGUCCCCAAGUCCCAAAAAUGGCCAAUAUGCUUGAAGGGGGUGGGAAGACACCUAUACUCAGUCCUAACGAAUUGACUGAUAUAGGAUACAAACUUGUGGCAUAUCCUUUGUCUUUGAUGGGUGUUUCCAUCCGUGCGAUGCAGGAUGCUUUGUUGGCUAUCAAAGGAGGUCGUAUGCCCCCUCCGGGAAGCAUGCCUUCCUUUGAAGAAAUUAAGGAACUCUUGGGCUUUAAUGCAUAUUAUGAAGAAGAGAUGCGAUACAGCACCAAGUCUAACCAACCUCACUCACAAAAGGGUUCCUCUACAAGCAACUCUUCUUACAGCAUACAACAGACCCAAAGUGACCCAGAAAAAACAAAUCAGAGUUCACAAAAUCCCAAUGUGGAAGUAGUGAUCCCUGAGAUAUUCAGUUCAAAGGGUUCAUUCUCUGGCAUUUGGUCACGAAAACUGAGAGUCAAAAUAACUGGUCGAGAUGGAUUUGAAAGACUUGAUGUCCGAGUACCUGCUGGUUUUCUAGAUGGCAUAACAAAUGUAGUUCCAGCCUUGGGAGGCAUAAACAUCAAGGAGUUGUUAGAUGAUGCAGCUCUAGAAGAGGGAGGCAAGCAAUUACUCGAUUUCAAUGAUACAAUGGGGGAUAGAAUCCAAGUAUUUCUGGAGUAGUUGAUUUUGGUAACGUUUCUUAUGCAUUUUAAUAGCAGUUUGUGCUCUACAUUUUUCACUUUUUGGAGCACCAUUGAACACAUGCGGCAAAUGCAUGAAACACUAAGAAAGAAUUCCCAAAAUGCAGCAAUGCCUUUAGUAGUGUAGUAACAUACUUGCCCCCAACAAUGUAACAUUCCAAGAUAGUAGACUUCUCCAAUAUAUAGUAACAUCAGUUUGUUGCAUGUUAGGUUAUAUAUACACUCUUCCAAAUAGUAAAGCUACACGUUUGUAUUCGAAAACUUGAAGGCCUCUGGGUCCAUUGUUUGAGAACUUAUAGUGCAUUUUCUUUCAUGGAAAAAGAUGGAAAUUAUAUAUUUUUACCA